CCCAGUGACGCUAUGGUUUGAAGAACACAAGUUAUACACGUUUGCGAAGGUAACCGACACAAAUAUCAAGGGAACUGGUCACUAUACUCAAGUUAUUUGGGAAACAACAACAAACCUGGGAUGCCAUCAACAUUUAUGCAAUCCGCUGAUAGAUGGAACAGGAAAUAACAUUGGAACGAUGUACUUCUCGUUGGUUGUUGAUCAGAUGGCUGUUGAUCUGUUCGCCGAGCUUGGCAACUGGCUUGCAAACGUUUCGUCAUCAUACGAGGAGACAUCAUCAGUGCGCAGUUGGUUGAGCAUAAUACUAGUUGACAUGGUCUCGACUCAACACCAUGCUUCGGAAACUCUAAGUCCGGAGAAAUUCAGGGAUCUACACAAUGCCUUCCGGAAAAUGAUACUUAACGGUUCGGUUCCCGACCGAAGAAAAUGCCAGUUUUGGUUUUGGACAAUAAGCUG